AUGGCUCCUGCAAUUUUAUGUGCUUCCACCUUUACGCAGCAUAUUAUCCCUUCUCGAAGUGAGACAGGCGUAAGGCGAAGACGGCGAAGCCGUCGGAGAGAGAGGAAGGAAAGAUGGAGAACUCAGCCGAAAGGAACGGAGUGGAACGGAGCUCUCGUCCUUUUUACAUCGCGAUGCGUUCACAGUUGACGCGCGACUGCCACGGAGCACGGAUAUGAUAGCGCUAUGUAUUUUUUUCCUGGCCGUCGUCGUGUCACCGCACGCGGCCGAGCGAGAUCGCCCGAGGGAGGUAUCCCUCGCAAGGGAGAAAUACUAUCACGUGCCCGGCUCGCUGACGAACGAACAGGUCGCCACGUUGUCUGGUCUCACGAACGUCACCCACAUGAAUGAGGUCUUGGAUAACAUAUGCGUGGUGAGGAUCGUGGGGACCGCCGAGCACGCGACGGUAAAGGAGUAUAUCAAGAGGUCAAUGGGAAAUCUGGGUUGGACAGUGGAAUCGGAUUUAUUCAAAGCUAACACGCCUGUAUUUGGCGAGCUGGAGUUCGAAAACAUAAUAGCAAAAUUAAAUCCUAAUGCAAAAAGAUAUCUGGCGCUGGCUUGCCAUCACGAUUCGAAAUAUACAAGAGAGAGGGACUUUAUUGGAGCCACGGACAGUGCUGUGCCAUGCGCUCAACUAAUUAAUUUGGCAACUGUCAUGAGUGAAUAUUUGACUAAACAAGAACAGGAUGUCAGCCUGAUGUUUAUCUUCUUCGAUGGGGAAGAAGCGUUCAAGGAAUGGGGUCCGAACGAUUCGAUUUACGGUGCUAAACACUUGGCUAAACAAUGGCACAAUAGAAGGACCUCUUACGGAGAAGGAAUCGAUUUCUCUGAAUUAGAUAAAAUAGACAUAUUGGUCCUCCUCGACUUGAUAGGCGCGCCUGACCCGACUUUUUACAAUUACUUCAGAAACACCGAGAAGUGGUACUCCUUGCUGGUCAGUAUCGAAAAGAAAUUAGCUCAAAUGAGAAAAUUUGAAUCGUAUUCGUACGGCAAACCGGAACAGAAGUACUUUCAACCGUACUCGUUCGAGGCGCAUAUCGAAGACGAUCAUAUCCCUUUUCUAAGGAAAGACGUGCCUAUUUUGCAUAUAAUACCGACCCCGUUUCCGCCCUUUUGGCACAAGUCUGGCGACAAUCGACACAACAUCGACUUGAAGACUACAGAGAACAUCAACAAGAUCCUCAGGAUAUUCGUCGCUUCUUACUUACAUUUGUCGACCGUCUAAUAUUCCAAUGAAAUUAAGAGAUGUCAUACAGUACAUUCCGAAGAAAUAAUGAACGCGUAGGAAAACUGUGCUUCAUCCAUGCGUCAAUCCCCAAGAUAUAUAACUACGAACAGUACCGAGGGAAAAAGUGCAUAAUGCUGUUUAUGAAGUAUUUACAUAUCUAACCGAAAAACAAGAAAUUCCGGAUAUCGUGAUAUUUAGAAAGGAUUCUUUACAUUAAGCACACGGCCUUUUUUGAAUCUUUACGUCGUGACGUCUUGCUAGACGUUUUUUUUUUUACGAAAAACGUAGUAUAUUUGUAUAAUUUUGUAUUAUACGUAAUUAUUAAUUUAUUAUAUAGACGCAGUCAUGUAAUAUUGUAUGUUAUAGAUAAGGCAAAUUCUAUAUAUUUGUAUAAAUUUAACAGAUCUGAAAUUACGUGUCCUGUACAUAAAAGUAGUCUGAUAAAAGUA